AUGGCUUUCGGAAAAAUGUAUUCGGGAAAAUAUAUUCGGGAAAAUGUCCGGCUACCCAACCAAGCGCCUAUUAUUAUAGAAGAAAUACCUCAAAUUUCAUAUGAAGACUUGAAGUCCAAAUCUGUUUGCCCUGUAUCUAUAGAAGAAAUGAAAAAUACGUAUGAUGAUAGCAACAAUCAAUUUGAUGAAUCAGUUCAGAUUCACUCAGCCCCUUUGCCAGAAACUUCUGUAAAAACAGAAUCUACUUCUGUUAUGUGUACGAAUACAAAUGAUGAAUCGCAUGAAACAGCUCAAAGUGUAUUCAAUAAUGCUUUUACUCUCCCGACGAAAUAUUUACCACAGAAAAAACGUGAAAAAUUAUUAAAAUCGGGUAAACAAAAAACACAAGUUGCGGCAGUGACAGAAAAAUGGCUAGAAAAGGAGCUGGAGAAAGAAAAAAUUAAAGAUGAAGAGAUAAACCAGAAAAUGAAAAAGAAAUUUUAUGCUUGCAGAUUAACAGGACUGGAUCAAUUUCAUAAAUAUGAAUGUGCUGUAAUGGCAUUUUUAAUUGGAGUUGGACUAAGUUCUAUAUGCCAAUUGGCAUUACGUUUGAUAACCAAGAUAGGACUGAAUAAUUGUUUAAAAAUUUAUCACCAUUUAACCAAAGGUGGAUUUGACGAUGAAUGUCAAGAUAUCUUGAAGUUACACAAUCUUGAAACGAAUAAGAAUCAAAGAACGACUGAUGACUUACAGGAAAGAGCUCUUGUGACAAUUUUUAUGUUAGAAUGCCUGAAAAAAACCACAUUUUUUACAUCAUCUGAGAUUUAUUUUUCUUCAAAUCCUAAUUUCAAAAAAGAUUGUGAAUUGAUCAUUGGAGUUUUAUUAUUGAAAAAUCUUCAAUUUUUACAAUUCAAUGCAUUUGAAAUUUAUGAUUAUAUCAGAGAUAAUUCGAAAAAGUCAAUGGUAAAUUCAAUACCCAUUGGAAUAGGAAUUUAUCCACAUUCUUCAAGAUUCAAUCAUCAAUGUUAUUCUUCAACGUUAAGUAAUGCAGUAUACUGCAAGAAAAAAUUUUUUCAACUGUGAAUUUACUGUCUUAACAUGUGACUGAACUUGAGAAAGUUUCCGCCACAACCUU